UCAAAAUGGUAAUCUUUCUGUGUCUUCUGGUGGCACAACUAUUUAUUGCUGGAGAAUCCAACCAGCUGCAGCGUAUCGCCAAUGGAGAGCUGGCCAAAGAAGGACAAUUUCCAUACCUUGUUGGACUUAUAUUCGGACCCAGGGACUUUGCAUCUCCUGAAGAUCGUUACCUUUUGUGUGGUGGCAGCAUUAUAUCCAAUGAAUGGAUACUUACGGCUGCUCAUUGCACUACAGGACGGCCAAAGGAGGUAAAGAUAUUCUAUGGCUCUACCCAGAAGGAAAAUGCAAAAGUUGAAACAGUGCAGAGGUCUAACAUUCAUCGACAUCCGAGAUACAGAAUAAUAUUUAAUAAUAAUUACCGUCACGAUGUGGCCCUGAUUCGCACACCCGCGGUUAAGUUCACUGAUCGAAUUCAAAGAAUUCCCCUGCCAUCACCCAGAGACGGUAGAAGGUCGAUUAGACCGGGUCAGUCAGUCAUUUCCGCCGGAUGGGGUGCAGAAAUUAUAGGGGGAGAUUCAGUGGAUCGUUUGAAUUGGGUCGCACUAGAGAUCGGCGAUAUAUCUGAGUGCGUAAGCACAUACGGAAAGCUGAAAGGCGCAUUGUGUGUUCGCACGGACAAGAAAAGGUCCACCUGCAGCGGAGACUCUGGUGGACCGCUGGUGCUAGAAGACGAGCAGAAAUUGGUCGGAAUCGUCUCAUUUGGAACAAUAAAAGGAUGUGAUUUGGGCUACCCCGUCGUAUAUACGGAUGUUAUCUCCUACCUGGACUGGAUUGAGUCUGUCUCUGGUGUAAAACCUGACAACAGCAAAAGCGGC